GAACAUGAGAACACAAAAAAAUGUUUUGUUGUCUUAGUCUGUUUGGAAACUGCAGCUUUUGCAGAAGCCCAGCCACCAAUUUACAAGUACUUCCACUUCUCAUUUGCACAGACAGAACAGACAGAGGAAGUUGUACUUCUGUUUGUGUAUGCAAACGAUCGUGGGACUGAAGCCAGUUUCAUUUUGAAGUGACUGCAAGGAGAUGUGGAGUAUCAUCCUCAAUGAUGAACCACUCAUGGAGUGUGCUAUUGGAGUCUAUCUUGGCAGUGCUGCAUCUCACUUCAAGUGUUAUCUAUGGUGAAGGCUGCCUGGAAAUCAUGGUGGGGCACACAAGUAAUUACACAACUUCACUUGGGAAAAACCUCCAAAUUAAUUGCACAUAUUACUAUAGUAACUGCACUAAACAAUCGGCCUACAAUGUCUUCUGGUAUAAGUUGCAAGGAGACGUUUACGUGCGAGUGACCCCUGACAUUCAUACUAAAAUGAAGUCGAAAAAUUUAAGCAACGGGAAAACGAUGAUGUCAUUAUGCUUCACAAAUAUACAAAAAAGCAAUGCAGGUAUCUAUCGGUGUCAAAAUGGACUCACCGUCGGACACAACAUCCAAGUGUCUGUGUAUGAUAGCAACAUGAGGACCAGCACCUCACUUAGAAAUGAAAGCAGUUUGCCAGAGGAAGUUCGAUGGAUGUACUUGUACUCUGCCGUAGGCACAAUGGCAUUCGUCAUCAUCGUGAUAUUUAUAUCAGUCAUGUUGUUGCAACGGUGCAAAGGUCACGCAAGGAGAGAGACACAAACUGAAACUCAACAAAGCGGAGUCAAACCACAAGAUCCGCCAACCUCCUCCAGCAGCUACAUUUACAGGAAAAUGAGUAGAAAGGAAGAAGAACGUCCAACAACAAGGGCAGAGAAAGAGGGAAGCUACAUCAUGUAUGCCGCUCUCAACCACCAACUACCCCCCGGUGCUCCCAUUCGACCAAGGAGGCCCAAAGAGGAAAGCUCCGAGUAUGCAGAUAUACGAGUACUGUCUGACAAAUGACCGGUGUUGGAAGAUCAGAUUUCACCCACAUUCAAGUCAAGGAAAUGACUUGUUUCACAUGAGACUGAAAAUAGCAGCUUCCUCUCACAUCCCAGAUGUCAAUCUCGGUUUCGUAGGGAUGAGAUACGACUUUCAGGGGUCGUUGUUUCACCCCCUCAUGAGCGGAAGGAGAAGCAGGUUGCAUAAAUCAUGUGCAUUGUGGGUGUGCAUUGUAGGUGUGAUGCUUGCGGUUUAUGAAAGUGCUUGAGUUUGUGAAUGCAGCGCCUGCAAAAUGCUACGUGCACGGUCACGACACUCUUACAAGUGGUGCUAACUUUUGGCCCAGUGAUUCUCAUCUGUCCUUUGAGAAUUAAAGACAGCAUUCUGUCCGGAUCAUUGAUGUUCAUGCUGUUCAAUGAAGACAGAAGUAAAAUCAGUAAAUCAAUGAAAUAUUACCUCACUCGAGGGUUAAAUGUUGCCACGUGACGCUGCGGAAGAACACCAAACUUAAAUUAUUAUCUUCAUACGAUUUUACAAGGGAAAAAUACAUUUUCUAAGGUCUAUGGAACCAGAAAACGGCGUGUGCUUGGAGAGAAGGACAACUAUAUUUCCCAAACAAAAACAUGUUGAGAGCAUCAAGAGCAUAUUCGGCACCUAACAUUCAGUUGACUGGAUUUCCUGUCUAACAUCAGAUAACAUUUCAAAAACAUGAUAUUUGCUGUUAUCUUCAAGUAAAACCUCUGCAUACUCAACACUCA